CACAAAGCUUCUUAGAAUUUUCUUAAGCCUUAAGAAUUCUUAAAUCCACAAAGAAAUCUUAGUUUCCCUAACAACCAACUUAAGUUUUAAGAAAUUCCUUAAGUCAUAUUCACAGAGCUUCUCAGUGCUUAGUUCUUUGCUUAAGUUUAAGAUACCUCAUGAGCUUACUUAAGUCCUUAAGAAUUUUCUUAAGACAUCUAAUAUGGCUGCCAUAGGUAUUGUACAAACCACCGCUAGACGAGAUGUACUGCAAAUAUAUUCUGACAAAGAACUAAUCAGAAGAUACAGGUUAAACAAAAGUGGUAUUGAAUAUGUGACUGGUUUAAUUGCUGAUAAAAUAUGUCCUAGCACCUCUCGUUCUCAUGCCAUGACAGGAACUGAAAAGGUUGUAGCAACGCUACGUUAUUUCGCUACAGGCAAAAUGCAAUUAUGCAACGGGGAUGACUUGGGUCUUUCCCAAUCGUCGGUCAGUCGGGCGAUAGGGCAGACAGUGUCAGCUUUGUCCGACGCCGAGAUAGCAUCCCAGUUCAUUCACUUUCCGACAACACAGGGUUGCAUUCGUCGGAAUCAAGCGGCGUUUUACAACAUCGCUCACUUCCCUGGCGUUGUUGGAGUGAUUGAUGGAUCGCAUGUGCAGAUUAUUGCACCAUCUGUCGACGAACCCUCAUAUGUAAAUCGUAAACAGUACCACAGUAUAAACACACAGCUUGUAUUCGAUCCAAACAAUAUGAUAAUUGACCUUGUUGCGAAGUGGCCAGGCUCGACACACGACUCGAGAAUACUCACCGAAAGCGGGCUUCAUAUUUUAUUUGAACGACACAUCGUGCCAACCGGAUGUCACCUACUUGGAGAUAGUGGCUACCCCUGCAGAAACUGGCUGCUUACGCCGUACCUGAGACCAAAUCCUGGCUCACAGACAUCCUACAAUCGAGCACAUAAAAGGACCCGGAGUGUCGUGGAAAGAGGUAUAGGCCAGCUCAAGAGACGGUUCCAUGUCUUACAUGGAGAGAUUCGCCUUUCUCCAAUUAAGGCAUGUAAAAUCAUAACAUGUUGUGGAAUUCUGCAUAACAUCUGCAAGAUAAGGAAUAUCCCAUUACCUGACAGUGAGUCCAAUGAUCCGGAUGAAGACAUGACAGCCCCCUACAGAGAGAGAGAUAUUCCUGGCCACAACUUGACCUUCAGGAAUCACUUUGCAAACACUCACUUUCAGUGUGAGUGAUAAUUCUUCUUUUAAUUGAGUAAAACCACUAUUUAAUGAAUUAUAUUCAACAACAAAAAAUUUCAGUAAAAAAACAGUUUAUUUUAACAAA